AUUAUAUCGCCGGAAGUUGAUUUUUGGAUUGGAAUGUUUUGACCAGCCAAAAAGAUGUGAUAAAUAAGGAUGUUUCACCUUUAUCAUCUACAGAAAUACAAAUUUGAUAUAAAUAAGGUCCACAAAAUCUUAAAGAUGGGUUAAAUACACAUAUAGGUGUAACAGUAGGACAACAUGACCACUGAAGAUCUACUUAUUCCAGGUGUGGUCAUCAAAGAAAGAUGGAAAGUGACCAAGAAGAUUGGUGGUGGUGGUUUUGGUGAGAUCUAUGAAGGGAUUGAUCUAAUUACCAAGGAGUCUGUGGCCCUUAAACUGGAAUCUUCUCAACAGGCAAAACAAGUCCUUAAAAUGGAAGUUGCUGUAUUAAAAAAGCUUCAGGGUCGAGAUCAUGUAUGUCGAUUUAUUGGCUGUGGUAGGAAUGAUAAAUACAACUAUGUAGUGAUGACAUUACAAGGGAAGAACUUAGCGGAACUGAGACGGAGUCAAUCUCGUGGAUGUUUCUCACUGAGUACUACACUGAGACUUGGAGCACAGAUAUUAAAGGCAAUAGAGGCUAUACAUGAAGUUGGUUUCCUUCAUAGAGAUGUCAAACCAUCUAAUUUUGCAAUGGGAAGACUCCAGAAAGACUGUAAGAAAGUGUUUAUGUUAGAUUUUGGACUAGCUCGACAGUAUACUACAGCCACAGGAGAAGUACGGCCUCCUAGGACUGCAGCAGGAUUCAGGGGAACUGUCAGAUAUGCUUCGGUUAAUGCUCACAAAAAUAAGGAGAUGGGCCGCCAUGAUGAUUUGUGGUCACUGUUUUACAUGUUAGUAGAAUUUCUAUCAGGACAGUUACCAUGGAGAAAGAUCAAAGACAAAGAACAAGUUGGGACAAUGAAAGAUAAAUACGAUCACUCGUCACUUCUGAAAAACAUGCCAAACGAAUUUGCCACCUUUCUUGAACACAUAUCUAAGUUAGAAUACUUCGACAAACCUGAUUACCAAAUGUUACACACGUUACUUGAUCAAUGUAUAAAGCGUAAAGGAAUAAAGGAAUCGGAUGCUUAUGACUGGGAAAAAAUCUACUCUGAUGGUUCGGUAGCUACGACUAUAACAACAUCACCUCCGAUAGGAAUUAAACAGACUCAUGGACAGGGGCUUCAACCAGGAGGACCUCACACCCCAGGGCAUGGAGCAACAGAAGCCAUGGAUGAAAAUCUUAGUCAGGACGAGGUUGAUGACAAAAAAAUCAAAGAUUAUAUCAUUGACAGUAAAAAUAUUGAUAACAAAUUACGUGAAGAACAUGGCAUUAUGGAAAACCAGGAACCGAGAGGCGUGCUGGAAAUACAGGAAAAACAUCAAGUGGAAGAAUUAGUCAAAGAAGAAACUGUUGAAAAUAUCGCAAAACCUGAAACUAAUAUCGAUAUACUGGCUGAACGGUUAAAUAAGAUUAUGAAAACUGAGGUUAAAGUUGAGGAACAAAAGAUGGACGUGGAAAUUACACAAGAUAAUAGAGAGAGUAUUCCACAAAAAACACCAGCCAAAAAAGUUAUGAUAAUGCCUGAAAAAGAUAUAGAGAAUGAUGAUAAUGAUAAACAUAGGGAUGAAACUUUAGGAAAAAGAAGGGAUUCUGGGAUUGAUCAUAUCAGUAAGGCAGCCAUUACUUUUGCUGUCAUGGAAACAGAAGAUAAAACACAUGAUGGAGUCCUUGAUGAGAAUGCUACUCGAGCAGCACCAUACACAGUGGCUAGUCAGUGGCAGUCGGCCUUUGGUUCUAGCUCUGAUAGUUCUAAUGAUGAGAGUGAAGGUGAUAAUAAUGCUAAAGCCAAAAAGUUGUCUAAACAUAGAAUGAACACUUUAGCGGAUGAGGAGGAAUGGCGACCUGAUAAUGCUUUACGUAAUUCUCUUGUGAUACAGGAUGAAACUGAUUUUCUUAAAGGAUCUCUGAACUUCUUAGACGAUGAAUUAAAUGAAAGUGAUAGUCAAGGGAAAAGAAAAGAUUCACAUAUGAAAACUAGUUCAUCAUUGGGACAUAUUGGUGAUAGAUAUUUGUUGAAAUCUAGUCCCGGGAAAGGAGCUCUUAAAGACAAAAAUACUCUAAUGUCGUUAUUAAAACAAGGAGGUAGGUCAUCACCCCUGGCAUUCAAAGAGGGUUUAUUACCUUCCUUAGGCCAGUUUAAAGUGGGUCCGUACGGUAAACCACCAACACCACAAUCAAAAAGGGACAAUUCACCAGCAAAGAAAGGAGCUAAAAGGGAAGAAAAUUCAGGUGUUAAAAUGAAACGAUCAGAAAGUGAAGGGAAUAAAUUAGAUAAAAAAGACAAUUUAAUGAAGUCUUUAUUGGAGGAAAGUGAUAAGUUUUCUAUUGUAAAGUUUGACAAUGAUAAGCCUGACAUUGCUCAAAUGGACAUUGAUACAAUAGACCCAAAACCUGAGAUUAAACCUAGUCAACAAAUCACUGCCCCUCCUCGUCACAAAAGUGCAAUAGAUCAACCGGAUCAAAUUACCUCUAAUCCUUACAGUACCUUUGUAGAUUUCAAUUCUAUAGGCAAACAUUCGGAGCCUAGUACAAAACCAAAAAUAUCUGUCGAUAAAACAAUUAAUCCAGUCAAAUUUGAUAUUACAGACACUUUAAAACCAGUGGAAAUAAGUGUAAAUAAAAGUGGAACUAAUAUUACUGAUAAAACUACGGAUUCUAUUUUAAGAUGUAUUGACGAUAAUGUGCCGACAGACAAAGUAGGUCAUGUGACUGAUGUAUCAUAUCAGUCACCUUUAUCAAAUCUCUUGUCAAAUCCUGGACCACAGUUACACAUACCCACUAGUCUAGAAAUUAUAAAUAGUCUCCCAUCAUCGCCAAAGAGAAGACAACUUCCUGUAAUACAACAAGAUACUGAAAGUAGGAAAAUAACAGUUAGUAAAAAUACUGAGUCAUUAGAAAAAGCUGUGAGUAAAAAUAGUGAGUUGCUUAAUAAAGUCAACAGUAAGAAGAGUGGCUCAGUUGAAAAUUUAGUCAAGAAAACCGAUGAAUCAUUAGAAAAAGUCCUGAAGAAAAAUACAGAAUUGUCUGAAAAAUUAGUCCAUAAAAAGUUUGAACUACCCGGGAAGGUAGUUAAACCUGCUGUACCUAAGAAACCUGCAAUAGAAAUAAAAUUAAAUUUAGAUGAAUUUGAGUCUUCUAAUCAGACUUUAAAUAUCAUGGAUAUGGAUGAUCAUUUAGAUUUAGACGAUUUUGAAUCAGCGAAACAUUUAUUUGAUAGUGGAGCUAAGAUAGAUUUAGACAAUCUUGAUUCCGAUCGUCAAAGUUCACAUAGUUCACAUCAUGACGAUAAAGCAAUAAACAAAAACAAAAAGGAGACUAAGCCUGUAAUUUCUAAUCUCAAAUCUGAAUCACAACGGGGGAAAGUUAGAAAACAUAACAAACUUCAUUUUGGAGUAAAAGAUGGUAAAUUAGUCAGGAAUACCAUGUCCCCCAUACUGGAAGAUCCAAGUAAAUUAGUAAAGGAUCAACUUAGGUCAUCUUCAUCAAAAACAUCAAUUAAAAAAGAUUCUAAAGAAAGUGACUCCAAAGAAAAAUUAAAAAGUGAUUCCUCGAAUGAGAGAUUAAGUAGGGCUGAUAAGCCACCAGACCAAAAGCGUUCAAAUUCAGUUAAACUUAAACGUUCCUCUUCUGCAUCACGAUUGGAUCGCACAACGAAAGAUUUAGAAGAUGUUAAAGACAAGCUGUCAAGUUUAUCACCAAACCCACCGGAUGCUGAUCGUCUUCCUAAACCACCACCUGGCCAUGCGCCAAAAAAUGCUGCAGUAUUAGCAAGACGUCGUCGCUACAAAAUGGCCUCCACAAACACAAGUCCAAGAGAACCUUCCUCGCCCAGGGCUCAAUAAAAAUGGUGGACCAUUUCUGCUUAAUAUGUGAUCACAAUUCAAAAUGUGAUAAAACUGAUUUGAGCCAGUCUUGCCUUAAAAUGCAAGACAUAUGUUCACAGCAUGUGUUCAGUUUUAACUCCUGCAUUUACAAUGUAUUAAGAUCUGUAAAAGUGAUUUUAAGUAUUGUUUUGAAAGAUCUGUAUUAUUUUAUAUCAAAUUUUAUGAGUCAUUCUGGUAUAGGCCUAGUCUAUUUGUAUGUUUUGUAUGAAUACAAAAGGUAUUUGUAAAUGCCACUGCAACCAAGAAACUCUAAAAUACUUCAAAAAGAUAGUACUUGUAAAAUUUUUUACUUUUUUUCCCCAUAAUUAAAACACUUUACAGCUCAUGUUGAUCUUGGUUAAAUUUUUCACCUGUCAAAAGUGGGCGAGCAGCCAACACAUUUCAACUCAAGUUUUGAUGUCAUUAUAGAAAAUAUUGAUGACCAAUGCUUUAAAUUGUUCUUGUAAUUUAAAUGAUAAAAGUAGAGUCAGCAUGUCCAAUUUAUAGGAAGGUCAAAGUUGUAAAGGUCAAAGUUUACCAACCCUUUGCACCUCUCACGUGGACUAGUUGAAAAAGCAAAAUCAGCAUGUUUUAUCAAAGUUCCAUGAACUUAAAGUGAAAGGGACGAAUUCAAGAUGAAAUAGCUUGGGGUUGUUUUGAACAGUAUAAUAAAUUUGACAACAGGGUGUUAAAAAUUCAUAUUAAGGUGUCAUUAUUCCAGGACAGCAUUUUUCAAAUAAUAAAAGAAAAAAAGAAUAUAAAUUUUCUUUCAGCAUGUAAUUAAAGCUGCUGCCUUUUUAAAAAAAAUUAAAACGUCUGACUGAACUAUAAGCAAUGAAAAAUAAAAAUAAAUUCUGGCAAGGAUACUAUGUAUAAUGCAACAAUUCAUUUAAAACGUCAUAUGCUUUAUAUGAAUGUUUACUUAAUGUUUAACCCAGUGCUGUUAGUUGUAAUUGCAAGAUAUCUUACAUCAAAUAAGAAUGGUGUAUUACUCAUUACCGUCAAACAAAGUAGGAUGCACAUGUUUUGUUUCAUUUUGCAAUUUGUGUUAAUGUCUUUCAGUUUAUAAUGAAGCAUUGUGUAUGGUUGUUUAUUAUAGAUUAUAUACUUCUACCUCUUUUUUCAAUCAGAAUUUAGCAAUACUUUUCUUUAAUUCUCCCAAAAAAAUACUUACCGGUAUAUAAUGUAGGGGAUAACCCAGUUUUUGUAAUUCAAAAUGUAUAUAUACUUUAGAAACAUUAUAUUUUGAGGGUUUAAAAUUUCAUAGUUUUGUCUCAAAAUUGAUUUUCUAGGGAUUUAUUUUUUUAUUGUUUUCUAGAUAUGAAAGUAAUUUUCCUUAAACAUGUUAAAGGGUAAAAUUUCUUUGCGAUUCUAAUUAUAUAGAAAACAUCUGUCCUCAAAAUAAACCAAAUAAAGUCCCCAAACAAUGCCAAUUUUUAACCUGGGAAACCAGUUUCAAUUGCACUUUGGAUAAGCAAAGUCAUUGAUGGUGGUUUGCAAAAAUUAGACUACAGAUCUGAAUUUAUCAGGGGAAUGGAUUAAUGACUUCAAUUUUAAUUUUAUUCAUUCAGAUUGACUGUAAUUGAAGGCUCAUAAUUAAAUGAUCAUUUUACAACUUAAAAUUUUUAAGACCCAAAAAAUUUGGUUAUGAAUCGAAUAAUUUACAAGAUUUGUUGAUAUUUGGAAAAGACAAAUUUAAGUAGCAUUAAUAAAAAUGUUUACUUUAUCGGCUUCUAAACAUUGGUCUAUUUUUAGUGUAGAGGUUGGUGGUUGUCUUGGUAGUACUGUCCAGUAUUUUGGUAAUUCAUAUUAUCUUUUAUAUAUAUGAUUGAUUGGUUGAUUGAUAGUUGGUGUUUAAUGCCACUUUCAGCACUCUUGUCAGCCUUUUUUUUAUUGGUGGAGGAAGGCAGAUUGCCAAGAGAAAACCACAAGCCUUAAGCAGGAAUUUAUUUCUGAAAAAUAAAGGAUUUGAAAGUAUUGCUAAAUUCUGAUUUAGGAAAUAGUAGCUAAAUUCUGUGAUUAUUUUGUUUGUAGAAAAGUGCUAAUAUGCUUUUUAACAGAUCUUCCUUGUUUUUGUUCAUAGUAAUUAUGUUUACAUUGUAUAUUUAAGAUAAUGAAAAACCAUUUAUUAUUUUCAAUAGGAAGAGUUACUUCCCCUAGUUAAAAAUCAAACAGACUGUGUUACACAGUUGGUUAAAAACAGUUCAGAUCAUGUUUUGAAAUUAAUAUGAUUUAAUGUCUAGGUUAAGUUCAGAUUUUUUGUUAUUUUUAGGGGUUUUAUAAGGUUUAUUACUCUUUGAAUGAAUUGAGAACUUUUUAUUUUGAACUAAAGGUAAACAAACAUGUUUUAAAAGAAGAAUUUCACAAUACAUUUAAAGAAUUGGUUUUCAGAAUAUAAAGUGCAGAAAUACAAAAUUUGCUGUUUGUCCAGAUAACUAAAACUCUAUAACUCUCAAGUAAUGUGCUACUGGAAAUCAAAAUGUUUAUAUGUGGGUUUUAAAGAAGUUUAGGUGAAAAAGGUAUUGUUUUGUCUGAAAUUCCUGUAUAAAAGGAUCAUUUGCAAAUAUUAAAAAAACAAUUUAACGAAUAUUCUUAAAUCAUUUAUUCAUAUUAUGACGAUCAGUGCUAUAACAUCUGAGACAUAGAUAAUCAUUUAAGAACUGUAAAUUCAGAAAUUAUUGCGUGCAUUUAUUAUUGCGAUUUUUAAAAAAUGGACAAGAAUGCGAGUUAAAUUAUUGCGAUUUCAGCAAAAUCUACAUACAGAUCUAUGUUCUAGUUAUCAAAAUGCGAGUUCUUAUUAUUGCGAUACUCAUCUAGUCGCAUUAUUCGCAUUAAUAAAAACCUCGCAAUAAUUUCUGAAUUUACAGUAACAUGAUCUGUAUAAUUUUUCAUUGUCAUCUGACACAAAGUGCUAUCAUUUACAUAUCACAUGAUUUGUACAUUUACCAUGUGACCUGUUGUCAUUUCAGAUAGCUAAAAUGGAGGAUCUCCAGAUUCUGCAAUAUGAAAAAUCAAUACUCUGUGAAAGUAUGAUUUGUGAUAACUAGAUCUUGGGCAAUAUGUUAUGGUUGUAUUGUGAUCUGCAAUGGUUGUUCUCACAAGAUUAUGAUGUUGUUUUGAUAUCUUUUGUAUGGUUGUGUUGUACAAUGUCUGACCAUAAACAAAGGCUUGUUUGUACUUGGUUGUUGACAUACCAGUGAAUCUGAAUUGUAUAUCUUUUUUAUAUUUGUAUUAUUACAAUAUUUUAAGAAUUGUAUCUAAGGUGUAGUCUUUUUAGAUAUAUAAUCUUUUUACAUUUUUGGAGCUAUGACCCAGAUUGUUUUGAGAACAAGUUUAUAGCCAAAAGUAAUUCCGUCUUUCCUUGAGCACACUGAUUUUGUUGAAAAGCUGCAGCAUCAACAGUCUUAAUUAGACAGAAAGUCUGUGAAACCUGAGAGUUCUUAUUGAUUUAAAUAUUUCUUAAUAUGCAAGAAAGUAUUUUGAAUUGUUCCAAAAAUUAAAAUUGUUAUCUCCCUAUGCAUUUUCAAUUCAAGGACUACAAAAGGUUCUGUUCUCAUUUUUAAUUUUUUUUCAAACCUUAAUUCAUAUUUCAGUAGACUGCCUUUAAAAGUGUCUUUGUAAUAAACAUAGUAUGUCUGUAUCUCAGUUUCAUAUUAUUCUUACUUACAGAUUUCACUGUCAGUUCAGAGCUUUGGUGAUCACAUGUUGUAUUAUUCUGUUGUAAGGCUUUCAGAAUAUGUAUGGUUUAUUGUAAAACUUUAGAAUGAAUGGUGAAUCUUAUGGUAGAGUAUUGAAAGUAGUUAGAUUGUGUUCUUGAACUUUUUAAUAACUUUUAAGACAUAAAUAACUUUGAUUUAAAAUAAAAUUUGAUAACACAUCAUUAAAGCAAGAUUUUUUUAUAAUUUUUAUUCAUUUCUUUAAUUUUUCUGAAAUCACUCAUACUUUUUUGUCACCCUGAUUUCAUUCUUUUGAAAUUUUGACGUUAAUUUUGCUUUAGAUUUCAAAUUCGAGUCUUAAAACUUUUAACAAAACGAUAAUUGUUUUCUGAUGUCAUUUAUUAUAGAUAAGUUAAGUAGUCAUAUAUUAUGAAAGGCUGCAGCUUUGGUUAUUUCUCUAAACAACUUAUUACAUUGAAGAUUUAAGAAAGUUCUAAAACACAAUUGUUUACAUUUUUGUUAUAAUUUGAUUGGUCAGAGUACUGCCAUGUUUGUUUAUGUUAAUGAUGCAUUAUGGGAAGCAUUUUAUUUGCUUUUCAAAAGAUUACCAUGCAAUCUUGUUACUGUCAAUAAAACGUUUAUGCUCA